AUGCAGACCCCAUCUGAUAUUGCCGACCAGAGUACUUCUGGUUAUUACCGACCUUCAAAAACUGCUCUGCUUCUACUUGACUUCCACUCUCUGUUCGUAGCGAAAGCUGGUGGCCCUGGCGCCCCUGCCGCGAUGGAUACCGCUGUCAAAUUAAGGAUCUGGGCAAAAUCGCAAGGCAUCAUGGUCAUUCAUGCCCUGCUACAAAUCGAUAAACAACCUUACCCAACCUGUAAGGGUGCAGAUCGACUAUCUGCAGUCCUCAAUGCUAUGAAGUCCAGUGGUGGUGAAGAGCCCCAAGAGUUGUUACACAACUACGACGAUGGCGACAUCACCUUUACCAGAACACCCGGUCACGUCUCGGCGCUCAAGUCGCCUGGUCUGCAAGACUAUCUGAGACAAAAGGACAUCAAGUCGUUAAUACUUACUGGAUUGAGCACUUCUGGAUGUGUCAUGAGGACUGCAAUUCCUGCUACCGAUGACGAGUAUGUGGUCACAAUCAUCUCCGACGCAUGUGCCGAUGCAGACAAGGACCUUCACGAUGUCUUAUUGCAGAAGGUGUUGGCAUCCAGGGCAUAUGUGACCACUGCAGCCGAGUUCUAG